UGAAAGGUACCUUCCCAUCGUUCAUUCAGCUGGCAGACAGGUGGAACGCUGACAUUAUAUGGUGGAACUUGGUAACGUCCUUGGAACAUGACCUGACCUAACCUGACGUACUAAUACGGCUGAUACGCAGUGUUGGCGAUGGAGAACGUCUACCCGCACACUUUAAGGCUAAUCAACAAAGAACUGAGGGAGGCUGUUGAUAAUCCGAUAGAAGGGAUGAAGUUAAUCGUGAAUGAUCAAAAUCUAACAGAUAUUCAAGCUGUCAUUGAUGGACCUGUUGGUACUCCCUAUGAGGGAGGGAAGUUCCACUUUAAACUCCUUCUGUCUGAUAAGUAUCCUGUCGACCCCCCGAAAGGAUACUUUCACACAAAGAUAUUCCACCCAAACGUCGCUCCGAACACUGGUGAAAUUUGCGUGGACACACUAAAAAGAGAUUGGAAGUCUGACCUGGGAUUAAGGCACGUGUUCCUGGUCAUUAGAUGCUUGUUAAUUGAUCCCAAUCCGGAAUCUGCGUUAAAUGAGGAAGCCGGUAGACUUUUUCAGGAAGACUAUGCGGAGUAUGUGGUCCAAGCCCGCCUGUUCACCGACAUUCACGCCCGUCAUCAUUUGCGUGUCCACACCGAUAUACGCUCCGUAGACGAAGAUGCUACAAAUAUAAAACUAAUAAACAAUGCAACUAGCGAAGCCUCCAAACCUGUGUUACGUGAUUCCAAUGGUCCGUCCCCCCACAAACCUGCCGGAAGAGCACAGCAAGCAAUUUGUGCGAAUAAAAAGGCUCUAAAACGCCUGUGAUCUGUAACCUGUAAUAAGCAUUUCAUGUUGGCAUUCAGUCUUGCAACAAAGCCUCGCCUUCGACUGUGGAUGAGUGAUAUACGCAUUUAUGUACCCAAGAAUCAAAUGCUAUUCCACAACUUAUAAACUCUGCGUUCACUAG